UUGGCAAUUUUCAAAAUGGCGUUGUAUUCACCCAGUAGGUGAGGUGAGCGAUUGGUAAGUUUUUUUCCUCGUCACCGGACUCUGUGGACGCGUUCGUCGGCUAUUGUUUGGCUUCGUGAACUUUUUACGGAUCGCGCGCGCCGGCGCGUGCCUAGGAAAAGUGUUUCGCCGCAUCGUGCAAAAUUUGGAUGCGUUUUUCGCCCUGGUUUUGUUACUCUUUCGAAGCCUAAAUCCCAGUGGCAUCUUUCCGAGAUACGUGCUAAGCCUAAAAGCCUGCAUACUUAACCCUAAAACAAUUUAAAUUUUUCGCCUGGCGGCCUUGCAUCGGCGGAGCGGCCGGACAAGACCGGCCAGCAUCGUGCUUUUGCGCGACGUUCCGUGUCAAAGUGGCGAGACCCGGAGGCCGGGCUUGUGUGCUGAGCCGUGGUCGGUCUCGCAGGAGACCAGGGAUGUGAUCGGCGGCGCGACAGUUCCAGCGACGAAGAGCGGAGAAGUCAGCGCUCGACGUCGUUCCACAGACGACGAGUAUGGCGGAUACGAGAAGACGCGUCAAGUUGUACGCCUUGAACGCCGAUCGCCAGUGGGAUGACCGCGGCACGGGACAUGUGUCCUCUUCGUACGUCGAGAGGCUCAAGGCUAUGUCCCUUCUCGUGCGGGCCGAAUCCGACGGCUCGUUACUCUUGGAAUCAAAAAUACAGCAGGACACGGCCUACCAGAAGCAACAGGAGACGUUGAUCGUGUGGUCAGAAGGUGACAAUUAUGACCUAGCUCUGAGCUUUCAGGAGAAGGCGGGCUGCGACGAGAUAUGGGAGAAAAUUUGUCAGGUGCAGGGCAAGGACCCCUCGGUGGACAUCACCCAGGACGUGGUGGAGUCCGAGGAUGAGCACCUGGAGGAGGUGGGGGACGGCAUGCCCCCCGUGGAGCUGCCCCCUUGCGAGACCCAGCGGCUGGGCGAGGUGGCCAGCCUGGUGCAAAGCUGCCUGCCUUCCCCCGUACGACGGGACAAACUGGCCACCGCCCUGGAGGAGCAGGACUACAUACGGCGCCUGCUGCCCGUCUUCCACACCUGCGAGGACCUCGACUACCGGGAGGGUUUGUACCAACUGUACGACAUCUUCAAGGGCAUCUUCUUAUUGAACAAGAAUGCACUGUUUGACGCCAUGUUUGCCGAGGACGCCAUCCUGGACGUCGUUGGCAUUCUGGAGUACGAACCAGGGUGUCCAGCAGGCCAGAGGCGGCGGCAUAGGGACUACCUUCGGCAGGUGUCGAGAUUUAGGGAGGUGAUACCCCUGGGGAACCCCGAGCUGCUAGCCAAGAUCCACCAGACGUACCGGGUGCAGUACAUCCAGGAUGUGGUGCUGCCCACACCAUCAGUCUUUGAGGAGAACAUGCUCUCCACCCUCUCAUCAUUCAUCUUCUUCAACAAGGCCGACAUUGUCUCUAUGCUUCAGGAGGACGAAAAGUUCCUGAGCGAACUUUUUGCCCAGCUGACGGACGAGGCGACAGACGAUGACAAGCGACGAGACCUUGUGCUUUUCCUCAAGGAGUUUUGUACAUUUUCACAAACGCUACAGCCGCAGUGUAGAGAAUCAUUUUUUAAGACACUAUCAAGUUUAGGUAUUCUACAAGCAUUGGAAAUUACUUUGGGCAUGGAGGACGUGGUGAUCAAGACGGCCUCCAUCGACAUCCUCUCCUACUUAGUGGACUACAGUCCGUCCAUGGUGCGCGAAUACGCAUUCCAGCAGUCCAACGUGCAGGACGACGAUCAACUACUGAUCAACAUCAUCAUUGAACAGAUGAUCUGUGAUCCAGACCCAGACCUUGGGGGUGCGGUGCAGCUUUCGGGCAUCUUGCGGUUAUUGCUUGACCCCGAGAACAUGCUUUCGCUCGACACUAAGUCUGAGUUUCUGAGCUUCUUCUACAAGCACUGUAUGCAUGUGCUUAUAGCCCCAGUACUUGCCAAUACCACCGGCGAAGCGCCCAGCAAAGAGACGAGCCAAACGGCACAGCUGCUGAGCCUGAUAGUGGAGCUUCUGUCGUUCUGCGUGGAGCACCACUCGUACCACGUCAAGAACUACGUCCUGCACAAGGACCUGCUUCGAAGGGUGCUCAUCCUCAUGCGCUCCAAGUUCACGUUCCUUGUGCUGUGCGCGCUGCGCUUCCUACGGCGCAUUGUGGGCCUGAAGGACGAGUUCUACAACCGCUACAUUGUCAAUGGGAACCUGUUCCAGCCUGUGGUGGACGUCUUCCGGCAAAACAAUGGCCGCUACAACCUCCUCGAUUCGGCUGUGCUCGAGCUGUUCGAGUUCAUCCGAGUGGACGAUGUGAAGACCCUGUGCAUAUACGUGGUCGAGCGUUUCGGCAAGAUCCUCGAAAAGGUGGACUACGUGCAGACGUUCAAGUCACUGCGGCUCCGCUACGAGCAGCACCAGGAACGGAACCGCGACCGGCCCACCCUGGAAGGCAGCAUCCUUCGCAGCGCAGGCGGCGGAGGUGGGGGCAUACCCGGAGCGGCCCUGGGCCCCGCCGUGGUGGGACCGGGCGCCCUCGGAGCGUCGGCCCGGUUUCGGCGCGACCCGCGGCAGCUGGAAGAGGACGAAGAGAUGUGGUUCAACGAGGAGGAAGAGGAAGAAGAGGAGCUGGAAGGGCCUCCGGGAACCGUGGCGCCGGCCGACAGUUUCAGCCGCCGCCUGGACGCCGAGUUCGACCAGCUGGGAAAGAUCCUUGACAAGAAAGCGCAAGAAAGAGAGGGCAAAGAGAAUGUGCGCACCUUGAACCGGUCGGGGUCACCUGUUCUGAACAACAGUGCUGGACGGCGGAGCCCUUCUAAUCCAGCUGGACCUCUGAGCCCCACUACGGUGGUGGAGGUCAAAUCCCCCACGGGACCCCUUCAGCAGCGAAAGGGUGGCCUCGUCGACUACCCCGACGAAGACUCCGACGAGGAGGAAGAGGAAGAGGACGACGGCAGCAUGACCACGGGCGGUCUUCCUUCACCGAAGCGGGCACGACUGUCAUCUUAGCGCCCGCCAAUGGUGCCCUGCCUCCCGCCCCAGACACUGCUGCAACACGCGCGUGCAUCUUCUCGUCCAUCCAUCCCCUUCACCACGAAGCGCCCCCCUCAUCCUGCUAUGCGGCAGCACGAUUUCCCCCCAAACACAGUGGACAACGUCACCAUCGGCUUCGUCGCCCGGGCAGUAGCAACGUUCUUCGCCAUCGCCGAGGUCGUGGGCUUCGUUUCCCAUCAUCACCACUUGCUGCCCUGGGCAGACGCAAGAAACUGCGCAGCGGCGGAACGCUGCCCCAAAGGCUCACGCGCCAGUCGUGACAACUUCAAAAACGCCGACGCGGCGACGCACCCCAUCUUCUUUUGUUUUGUUUCGUUCGGUGUCCGCUGCAGCGACUUCUUUUUCUAUAGACCUAGCACAGCGGGAGAUGUGCUUCAAGGGGAGAAAAAGCGUGCGAAGGACAUAUAGUAGUGCCACUACCUUAUUUUGCCGUAUCGUGCUGCUGCCUCUGCGUUUGAAGAUCUCUUCUCCUAUCUUCUCCCCCCUCUCCACCAUAUUUUUUUCCCCCCAAUCACGAUUCUCCUCUUCGCCACUGAGACGUUCGCAUCACCACCGUUUGCCCUUUCUCGAGACCAUCUCCCGGCACCUGCCAUCUGCAUUCUACCUUCUCUGUACAUAGUUAUACAUAAACGAUAGAUAUAUAUAUAUAUGUGUACACAUAAGCACCGUACAUGCAUAUAUAUAUAUAUGUGUGUAUACAUACACAAAUUUAUAUAUAUAUUAUAAAUAUAUAUAAAGGGUGUGUAUCAAAAAACAUCAACUGAACGUUUAAGCUUGGGAAACUGUAAAAAAAAAUGCAACGACUGUAGUUUGCUCUGGCAGCCUGGAACAAAGUGGUGAAACGAAUGUUUGUAGCUAUGAAUUUUUUUUUUCUUGAGUUCUGAAAAAAUGCCGUGGCAUGAAGCCAACGCUCUGGGAAGUCACUGGUGAUUCAUCGUCAUUUUUCACACCAUGCCGUUUCGCGCGAGUCUCUCGGUUGUAUCUCUCGCCUCUGUCCGGGGUUCGUUUUCCGGACAAUACAUCAUCUAGCGUCGCCGUAUGCUUCGAUUUUGCAAUUUUUGCAACCUUGUGCAGUAGCAGUACAUUUCCUUUGUGUUUGUUUGUUUCGGCCCCUCUCAUCUCUCCUCCUUCCCAUAGUUCAUUUUGCAUAGACUGUUCCCCCCUCCCCUUGUUUCUUGUACAUCUAUCUACUCAUGCGUGGCCCACCAUUUCUAGUUGUAUGUCUAGAAUGCAUUUCCUUUCUCCAAAAGAAAAAAAAAUGGAAAAAAAAUUAUAAUUGAAGCGAGCCUGCGUUUUUGUUGUUUGUUGAUUUCCAUCCCAAACAGGGAUGGGGGUAUAAAAAUUGUGUGGCUUUGGUUUGCUUUCGGGGGGGGAAGAAUGGAAUCAUUUUUUUUUUUCUUUGCCCAAAGGACCAGCUACGAUCGUUGUUUUGUUUUUCGGCAAAGAGCACGUUGAUUGAACAAGUGGUCUGCAAGAAGAAGAAUGAGCAAGUUGUGCGGCGACAGCAAAAGCCGAGCUUCAUGCCUCGUCAGGGGUUCACGUGUGCAAAACAGCCGGAGCAUGUGUGUCUUUGUGAAGGAAAACAAAGGAUUUAAAAAAAGACAUGAAAAACUACGAGGCGCGGGAGAAAAAAAAAAGGCCUCGUCUCUACGUGGUGCGUGCGCGAAAAGCCGUCGUUCUCACAUUGUCAGUGCAACGCGAUAUUUUAUUAUUUUUUUUUAUUUGUGACAGAUUUGACUGCCAAGUGACUGCCGCAGCUGGCAACUCACCGACCAACUUGACAUUGGUGCAUUUUUUUUUUCUUCUCGCGUCCCUCCCCCUUUCUUCUUUUUUUUUUUUUUUUUCCCCAAGCCCAUAAAGACGCCACUUCCUGCCAUGCUGAGUCAGAGAAGUUGUGUCUCUGUAGAGUAUAUUCCUCCCUUGGUGUUGAUUUUCUUUUUAUUAUAAUAAAAACCAGUUGUUUCAGCUGUG